CCGCCCCUGCCCCACCGCCUGGGAGCCCAGCUCUCUUCAGCCGCGUCACGUCCUGGCCCCGCUGACCAGUCCGCGUGCCUCGGUGUUGGCCAGGUAGUGGUCGCAGUGAGUCUCAGAGGCCGACCGCAACACCACCCGGGACUUUCUCACCUCGGUUUGCCUGGACCACCUGCCUUCCAGUGGCCUGCGUACCAGUUGAUUAAAGACAUGGAUGCUGAAACAGAGGGCCCACUGAUGCUGAAAGUGACACCACUUCAGCAAAUGCUUUCCUCUUGUGCUGGAGCUAUAUUGACCUCACUAAUGGUGACACCCCUGGAUGUUGUUAAAAUUCGACUCCAAGCCCAGAGCAACCCAUUCCCCAAAGGGAAAUGUUUUGUAUAUAGUAAUGGACUCAUGGAUCAUAUGUGUAUCUGUGAAGGAGGCAAGAAAGCAUGGUAUAAGAAGCCAGGAAAUUUUCAUGGAACAUGGGAUGCCUUUUUAAAAAUCCUUCGAAAUGAGGGCAUUAAGUCCCUCUGGAGUGGCCUUCCUCCUACUCUAGUCAUGGCAGUUCCUGCCACAGUUGUUUAUUUUACCUGCUAUGAACAAUUAUCUGCUCUUCUGAGGUCUAAAUUAGGAGAAAAUGAAACCCGAAUACCAAUUGUUGCUGGAAUUGUGGCUAGAUUUGGUGCAGUAACUAUGAUAAGUCCAUUAGAAUUGAUUAGAACCAAGAUGCAAUCUAAGAAAUUUUCUUACAAAGAACUGCAUCUAUUUAUCAGCAAGAAAGUGUCUGAAGAUGGUUGGAUUUCCCUCUGGAAGGGCUGGGCUCCUACCGUUCUUAGAGAUGUACCUUUCUCAGCAAUGUACUGGUAUAACUAUGAAUUUUUAAAGAAGUGGUUGUGUGAGAAAUCUGGUUUAUAUGAACCGACAUUUAUGAUCAACUUUACUUCAGGGGCAUUGUCUGGUUCUUUUGCAGCAGUUGCAACAUUACCAUUUGAUGUGGUAAAAACACAAAAACAGACACAACUUUGGACACAUGAAAAUCAUACAAUUUCUGUGCCUUUGCAUAUGUCAACUUGGGCUAUAAUGAAGAAUAUUGUUGCUGAAAAUGGAUUUUCUGGAUUAUUUACAGGUCUAAUUCCUCGUGUAGUUAAAAUUGCUCCUGCUUGUGCCAUUAUGAUUAGUACAUAUGAACUUGGAAAGACUUUUUUCCAGAAACAAAAUGUUCAAAGGCAGUAAUUAUACUGAUCUCUUAAUUCCACAUACCAACUAUAACAAAGUAAAACGAAGACUUUUAGGCAAGCAUUUUUUUCAAUAAUAUUCUCCUACAUUGAUUUUAUGUCUUUGUUCCCUUUAACUUAAAGAAACAGUAAUUUUUGCUCUACCUCUAAAUCAUAACUUUUAUUUUAAAAUAAUUUUUAUUGUGUUUGGAUAUACUUAAACAACCCAGAAAUGUUAGCCAUUUAGCACUCUUGUAAAGAAAAUUACUCCAGGCUGGACAGAUGGCUUAGCCAUUAAGGCACUUGCCUGUGAAGCCAAAAGACUUUGGUGUGCUUCCUCAGCACCCACAUAAACUAGAGGCACAAGGUGGCACAUGCAUCUGGAGUUUGUUUGCAGUGGCUGGAAGCCCUGGCAUGCCCAUUCUCUCUGUCUGCCUCUUUCCCUCUCUCAAAUAAAAAUAAAAUAUUUAAUUAAAAAAAAAUUAUUCCAUGGUAUUGAAAGCAGUCGGCUAGGAGUGUAAGUUCAAAUUUUUUAAUCAUGGACAUUGACAUCUUAAUAGAUCUUAUUAUCUUAAUAGGUAAUAGAGGCAGUCAUUAAAUUGUUCAUAUUUGCUAGGUAAUACCUGUUAACUUUAAUUGAAAUGCACUAUGUCCCCAUGUAACAGGCCUCAUGUGUAUUUUAUCUACAUAAAUUAAAAUAUAAUUGUAUGCCUGAUGUGUAUCUUGAUAUUUUUUUUGAUGAUUUAGAA